CAAGCCGCACAUACAAUGUACAAGGCAUAACAGCGACGACGAGCACAAAUAUCACAGGUGCUACUCACGCGUCUACACCCAGUAUUAUGCCACCAGAGCUGGAGCAGACGCUCGCUCUACUAUCAUCACAUCGUUCUGUCCUGGGAUACCUCCUGCUCUCGCGUGGGGACCAUGUUAGUAUCAUACGGCACUCGGGCGUCGUCUUCGAGGGAGAGCAAGGGAAGAAGUACGCAAGCGUUAUAGGCAAGAUGGUUGAGAGCGUACAGGCAGGCUUGGAGGAAGUGAGCGGGUCAGAAAACGAUGGGGACCAAAUUCGCUUCAUGAGGAUACGAACCAAACGCCAUGAAAUCAUGAUUUCGCCAGAUGAAAGAUAUCUUCUUGCGGUGUUACACGAUCCCGCUUCAUGAAUCUACCUUCUUCUAUCAUAUCUCUUAUAUCUUUGUGUUUAUCUUACGACUGUAUCGGUAGGAUCUCUCGGUAAUCCAGGUUUU